CCUUGAUAUAAAGUCGCACCCCCAGCACUGGACAGACACAUGUCCUGGUUCCUGCAGACCUCAGGUUUUGACAGACACAGGCAUUAGAAGCAUCUGCUGAAGGUCACCAUGAACACACUGGUCAUUCUUGCAGCUCUUGUACCACUUGUGCUGUGUGCAAAGCAUCCCUCCAGGCCUGUUGGUGUAGUGAGCAGAAGUUCUGAGAUGGUAAAGUUUGGCACGCUCUGCAAAGGGAACCCGGCAAAUAAACCCAGGGGCUGUGACAAAUUCGGCUGUGGGAACUAUGGAGCCAGAAGGGAUGGCCGCAAGAGGAAGCACCUGGGCUUGGACAUCUCUUGUUCUGAUGGUGACACUGUCCUAACUCCUUUUGAUGUGAACAUCAGUGGACUUGCCCGUCCAUACAAGAACAACAAAAACCCAGCCAUUAACGACGGAGUUGGCCUCAGUGGACAGGGUCUGUGCUUUAAGUUGUUCUAUGUAAAGCCAGCGAAGACUUCUGGGAUGCUGAGGAAGGGGGAGCAAGUUGGAACUAUGCUACCUAUGCAGAAGGUCUAUCCGGGCAUCGGCUCCCACGUCCAUGUCCAGAUGUGUGACCUUUCCGAUCCCACUAAAUAUUUCUGAGCCAAGAAGUAGGCUUGGCUGUACCCAUUCUACCUUUGCAUAGAACGUUCCCUUACAACUUCCCUCUGAACACUGGACACUCUCUUCUAUAGCCCCCUGCCCCCGUUUCCUGAAUUAAAGGUAUGCCAGUGUGGGAGCAGCAUGCUCUGUUUUCUGCAUCGACAGAUUUCCAGGCAUCUAUGUAUUUGUACCUUAUAAUUCAAUAAAACAUGCAUCACAUGCAA